AUGGCCGUCCGACGUUUGGAGGCAUUGGAACGUCGACUUCAACGAGAGCCAGACCUUCUAGAACGUGUGCGUGAACAAAUCGUGGACUACGAAAAGAAAGGAUACGCCCACCAAGCGGGUUUGACCGAAUUGACCUCGGUUGAACCCAGUCGCAUAUGGUAUCUUCCUCUAGGUGUUAUAACAAAUCCCAGGAAGCCUGGCAAGAUGAGUUCGCCAGCGAUUAUCCACGAGCCGCAGCAGCAAUACAAAAACAAACACUACGUGGACGAUUAUUUGGACAGCUUCGAGACUGUCGAAGAGGCUAUUGCAGUAGUUAACGAGGUCAGGCUGGUGCACUCGAAAGGAGGUUUCACUCUCCGGCGCUUCCUGUCUAACAAGUCAGACGUUUUGCAAAGAAUAGGCGAAGUGGCUGAGGAAAAUGCAAAAAACUUGCACCUUGUGCGGGACGGCAAGCCCGAGUCAGUGUUGGGGAUGAGGUGGAUUCCCAAAGAAGAUGUAUUCAUCUAUUCCUUUAGUACACGAGAUGAUCUUCAAUACAUGUUGGAUUGCGACCAUAUUCCUACCAAACGCGAAGAGCUGUGGGCCGCGGGAAUAGGAUGGGACCAGCAAAUUCCGCAAGAUCUCAACGAGCGCUGGCAGCACUGGGUGAAAUUACUGCAACAGCUCGACCUGCUGCGCAUAUCGCGCUGUUAUUUUCGUUCGUCGACGAAACGUUCCAAUUUACAACUUCACCUUUUCGUUAACUCAAGCGAAAGCGCGUACGCUUGUGCGGUAUACUUCCGUUUGGAAUCCGAGUGUGGGGCAGAGGUGGCGCUUGGAGCAGCUAAAACCAAGGUAGCGCCGCUCAAGACACUAUCAAUACCUCGACUCGAGCUCAGAGCAGCGGUCCUGGGCGUCCGCCUAAUGGAAACUAUCCAGAAACAUCACACCUUUACAGUCAGUCAACGCUACUGCUGGAGCGACGCGAGUACGGUACUCGCAUGGAUUCGCUCUACUGACCAUCGGCGCUACCAUAAAUACAUCGCAGUUCGAGUUGGGGAGAUCCUAUCUUCGACACACCAAUCGGAGUGGCGGUGGGUACCAAGUAAGCAGAAUGUGGCCGAUCUAGCCACCAAGUGGAACAAAUUACCACAUGUGACAGCAGAAAAUCCCUGGUUCCGAGGACCAGCAUUCCUGUACGAACCUGAAGAGCGGUGGCCUAAGCAGCGAAUAGUUGUUCCGACUGAGGAAGAACUUCGUCCUACCCACUUUCUCGCAGUACAUUUAGCGCCGAAUAUGGUAUUCGAAAGGUUCAAUCGCUGGACUAAAAUGCAUCGCGUGGCCGCAUAUGUUUUUCGUGGCAUUGAUAAUUUUCGUCGGCGUUUAAUGAAACAGGAUUUGCAACUCGGUAAUCUCACCAGCGACGAGCUCCGGCGAGCCGAAGAAGUACUAAUCAAAACAGCUCAAAAUGAAUUUUAUGCAGAGGAAAUCGCUAUACUUAUCAAGUCGCAAGGAUCACCUGCAAAUCGCCACGCCACCGUGAACAAAUGCAGCUCAAUCUACACUUUGUGUCCCUUUCUGGAUGAGAAGAGCAUUUUGCGUAGUCGUGUGUCGUCUGUCGUCUAG